AUGGCCGGUCCACAGGGUGCCCUGGCCACCUCCUUCAAGGCGGUUCGAAUUCUCCAGGCAAUCAGUCUUGUCUCCAUCAUUGGGAUGACUGCCAACUUCAUCGCGCAGAUGGUGAACGCAAAUGCUACUCCGCCAAAUGUGCUCAUUGGCACCCUCAGCGUGACCGUCAUUGCCGUUUUGUAUUGCGCAAUUACAUUCAUCCUUUUCAUUGAUGGCACCCUUCCGUACCUGAUCAACCUUGGCUUGGACGGUGCCCAUUUAAUUGCUGUUGUCGUCGUCGCCGUCACUGUCGGAAAACCUCUGUCGUACGUGAACUGCAAUGUGAUCGGCCAAGUCUCUGGCGGUUACUCAUCAGCGUAUGAUUUCGCGAAUGCCCUGGGUGAAAGCCUGGCGAAAGACGGCGGAAAGAUCAGCUACACCCAUUGGAUUGGGGCAUCGAAGCUCACCUGUUACCAAAUGAAGUCAAUCUGGGGUCUGAGCAUUGCCUUGUGUAUUCUGUUUGCGUUCUCUGCGAUAUGCAGUGCUUGCCUCUGGCGCCAAACUAGGGCCAGUUCUCCCAAGGAUAUUGAGAGCUAG